GCUGCAGACUAGCCUUCAAGUUUUUAGUACUUCAUUAAAGUGAAUGAGGGGACACUUCAUUGUAAAACUAGAAUUUUCCUCCUCUCUUGUGCUCAUGAACAUGUACUUCAGCUGUGUGGUUUAAAUUUUAAUCCGGUGAUGAGAGAACAGUGCUCGAGUGUUUGUUCCAGAGAACUGCUGGUUUAUGUUUUAGCUCUUGCCAAGUUGUGAAAAUAGUGAAGGAUGCUUAGACUACUUAACAUUCAAAUUGCUCUCUGGUUAAUCAUCUUUAGAAGAUUGGAUUGCUGGACAUCUACUCCACUCCUCUAUUGACUUUUAAGAUAUGAUAAUGCAAACCUAUAACACUGGCAAUCAUCCAUGAACCUUUAAUUGCACUGAUUAAUAGCGUUUUCAAGCUUCCUCAGGGAAUAUACAAUGACAUCAGCUGUGGUUGACAGUGGAGGAGGUUCUGUUUUGGAGCUUUCCAGCAGUGGAGUAGAGAAUCAAGAGGAAGGUGAAAAGGUUUCUGACUAUCCAGCAGUGAUUGUGGAGCCAGUUCCGAGUGCCAGAUUAGAGCAGGGCUAUGCAGCCCAGGUUCUGGUUUAUGAUGAUGAGACUUAUAUGAUGCAAGAUGUGGCAGAAGAACAAGAAGUUGAGACCGAGAAUGUGGAAACAGUGGAAGCAUCAGUUCAUAGCAGUAAUGCACACUGUACAGAUAAGACAAUUGAAGCUGCUGAAGCCCUGCUUCAUAUGGAAUCUCCUACCUGCUUGAGGGAUUCAAGAAGUCCUGUGGAAGUGUUUGUCCCUCCUUGUGUAUCAACUCCAGAAUUUAUCCAUGCUGCUAUGAGGCCAGAUGUCAUUACAGAAACUGUAGUGGAGGUGUCAACUGAAGAAUCUGAACCAAUGGAUACCUCUCCUAUUCCUACAUCACCUGAUAGCCAUGAACCAAUGAAAAAGAAAAAAGUUGGCCGUAAACCGAAGACCCAGCAAUCACCAAUUUCCAAUGGGUCUCCUGAGUUGGGUAUAAAGAAGAAACCCAGAGAAGGAAAAGGAAACACAACCUACUUGUGGGAGUUUCUUUUAGAUCUACUUCAAGAUAAAAAUACUUGUCCCCGAUAUAUUAAGUGGACUCAGAGAGAAAAGGGCAUAUUCAAGCUUGUAGAUUCAAAGGCUGUCUCUAAGCUUUGGGGAAAGCAUAAGAACAAGCCAGACAUGAACUAUGAAACCAUGGGACGAGCUUUGAGAUAUUAUUACCAAAGGGGUAUUCUUGCAAAGGUUGAAGGACAGAGGCUUGUUUAUCAGUUCAAGGAUAUGCCCAAAAACAUAGUGGUCAUAGAUGAUGACAAAAGUGAAACCUGCAAUGAAGAUUUGGCAGCAGCUACUGAUGAAAAGUCAUUAGAACGAGUGUCACUAUCUGCAGAAAGUCUCCUGAAAGCAACCUCUGUUCGUGGUGGGAAAAACUCCUCUCCUCUAAACUGCUCCAGAGCAGAGAAGGGAGUAGCGAGAGUUGUGAAUAUCACUUCCCCUGGUCAUGAUGCUUCGUCCAGGUCUCCUACUACCACCACAUCUGUAUCAGCAACAGCAGCCCCAAGGACAGUUCGUGUGGCAAUGCAAGUUCCUGUUGUAAUGACAUCAUUGGGCCAGAAAAUUUCAACCGUGGCAGUUCAGUCAGUUAAUGCAGGUGCACCAUUAAUAACCAGCACUAGUCCAACAACAGCAACCUCUCCAAAGGUAGUUAUUCAGACAAUCCCUACUGUGAUGCCAGCCUCUACUGAAAAUGGAGACAAAAUCACCAUGCAGCCUGCCAAAAUUAUCACCAUCCCAGCUACACAGCUUGCACAGUGUCAACUGCAGACGAAGUCAAAUCUGACUGGAUCUGGAAGCAUUAACAUUGUUGGAACCCCACUGGCUGUGAGAGCACUUACUCCUGUUUCCAUAGCCCAUGGUGCACCUGUAAUGAGGCUAUCAGUGCCUACUCAACAGGCAUCUGGCCAGACUCCUCCCCGAGUGAUCAGUGCGGUCAUAAAAGGGCCAGAGGUUAAAUCGGAGGCAGUGACAAUAAAGCAGGAACAUGACGUGAAAACUUUGCAGCUGGUACAAGAAGAAAAACCGGCAGACGGAAAUAAGACAGUGACCCAUGUAGUGGUUGUCAGUGCCCCUUCAGCUAUUGCCCUGCCCGUAACUAUGAAAACGGAAGGACUCGUGACAUGUGAGAAAUAAAAGAGCAGCUCUGCCAUGGACUUUAGACUGUUAGUAACAGUACUAACAUAAAUGUUUGCAAGGGAUGUCAUCAAGAAAAGUCAAAAGGAGACUUUAAAACAUUUUUAAUGCAUAUAGGAAAACAAUCAAACUUACUGGAAAUAAGUUACCUGUCCCAUGUUUCAGUGGGAAAUGAACUACAUGUUGAGAUGCUGACAGAAAACUGCCUCUUACCUAGGAAACAACUGAACCCAUCAAUAAAAAAGGAUUGAAAGGGACCAAGCAACUCACUACAAUAUCAAGUUACACUAAGACUUGGAACACUAACAUUCUGUAAGAGGUUACAGUUUUCAAUGGGGAGGGGUUGGGAUGGGUGAUCUCAUUGUUACAUAUAGCAAUUUUUGAUGCAUUUUAUAUGCAUACCAGCAAUUAUUACUGUGUUCACACAGAACUCACUUAACUGGUGCUAUGUGAAGACUCUGCUAAUGUAGGUAUUUUAGAAUGUGAAUUGAAGAAUGGAUCCAAAAGCUUCAGAAAGAGGAUAGCAAAAAAGAUCUAGUGCGAUUUUUUAAUAAAAUAUCAUAUAGCUUAAGCUGAUUUAAAACAAAGGCCUUAGACUAAUUUUCGGUUUUCUUUAUUGAAAUAAGCUAAUGGCUUGUUUGUGUAAAGCUUUUUUUAUUAAAAGAAAAAUUUUAAAAAUCUUGUACCUAGCACAGUAUUGUUAUAGAAUUUACAUGUAACAUUUUAUAUGGUAGUUUAAGUCUGUCAGUUUCUUAAUUGUGGACAAAUUAACAGUUGGCUCUGGCCUUUUGCUGUAACAUGCCUGUGUCACUCAGCCCUGUCAUCUGUGCAGACAUAUCAGUUUCUGUUCUCCUGUCACUUGGAAGUUAAGGCUCAGCAUGAAUUUUUGUCAGGUAAUUCUUAAAUACCUGGAGUUUUCUUUCUUUUUUUCCUUUUUUUUUUUUAGUUGAAGUUUAAGAGGGAAAGUACCAGUGUUCAAAUUUGAACUAUAAUAGUUUGUAUAUUCAACAUUUGAAGUAUAUUCUAUUUUGUUGUACUCUUGUUUCAAAGUGUAUUCAAGUAGGUUUUCUGAAAUAUAGAAAUUUAUCUUGCAUUUUGGUCUCUGGUGAUAUUUUUAACAAUAUUCAAAAGCUAGUAUAGAGACAUCAUUUUAGUUAAGAAUAGAGGUCCUAUUUCUCCUUUCCAACUAAAGAAAUCCUACUUCUGUUUUUUCUUUAUAUUAAUAUUUGGCAAAUUACUGCAUGUUGCCACUUCCUUUCUAAUUAUUAUCCUGAACUAUAGUGUUCUAGUUACCAUAAUGAAUUUACUAUUUUAAUGUUGGCCACACUUAAAGAAUUUAUAUUUUAAAUCAAGACCAUUUGCUUCUCAAUCAUACUUUCUGAAGGUUAGGAAGAACAAGUAAUAUUCUGGCUCUUUUAUACAUGAGGAACUGGAGGUCCAGAGGGAUUACAGGAGUUUCCGAAUUUCACACUGGACUAGGUCGUGUGACUCUACAUCUUAAUGCUCUUUCUAUUACAAAGAAAAGUUGUCUAUUUUUACAUCUUUUAGAAAUUUAAAUAAACUGAUGCUUAAUAUUUUGUGGCCUUUAAUUGUUCAUUUCAUCUGAUACUACUUAAAUUGACAAAGAUUUUUUUUUAACACCUCCCUUUGUAAUCUUUUUAUCUUUUCCAUAAACAUACCUAAUGGUACCUUUUAAUAAAAGCUCAAAAAAA